AUGACUUCGUAUGGUGUCGAUUUCGGCCUCAUCGGUGGUCUCCAGGCCAUGGUGGCCUUCCUCAAGGUCUUCGGCUAUGAAGAUCCCAACACCGUCAUUGGCUGGAACAUCCAGACCACCCGCCAGCAGCUCAUCGCCUCUCUCAUGACCCUCGGCGCCUUCAUCAGCUCCGGUCUCGCCGGUGUCGUCGCCGCCAAGCUCGGCCGCAAGCACUGUCUCUGGGCUGCCUGCCUUCUCUGCUGCGUUUCCAACAUCAUCAUGAUGACCACCACCAGCAUCGGUGCCCUCUACGCUGGCCGCUUCCUCAUCGGUCUCGCCAACGGUUACUUCAUGACCUUUUCCCAGCUUUACAUCCAGGAGUCUAGCCCCGCCAAGUACCGUGGCUUGUUCCUCACCGCUUUCCAGUUCUUCACCUCCGUCGGCACCUUGAUCGGCUCCAUCGUCGAUUGGGCCACCGCCAAGCGCCCCGACAAGUCCGCCUACCUCAUCCCCCUCGGCAUCAUCUACGUCGUGCCCGUCUUCCUCACCGGCCGGUACGAGGAGGGUGUCAAGGCCCUCACCUGGCUCCGCCCCGUCAACGGCGACCCCGAGGGUGAGGCCCGCGAGAUCCAAAACGCCAUCGACAAGGAGAAGGAGACCACCAGCGGCGUCGGCGUGCUCGACAUGUUCCGCGACCCCGUCGACAGGAGGCGCACUUUCCUCGCCGUCUGCUCCGUCACCCUCCAGGCCGCGUCCGGUUCCAUGUUCAUCAUCGCCUACAAGGCCUACUUCUUCACCAUGGCCAAGGUCUCUGAUCCUUUUGCCAUGAGCAACGUUCUCUCCACCAUUGGUAUCAUUGCCAUUCUCGCCAACUCCUUCAUCGUCGUCCGCUUCGGUCGCCGUCGUGUGCUCCUCACCAGCGGUCUCAUCGGAUGCUGCAUCCUCCAGCUCAUCAUUGCCAUCGUCUACCAUAAGCAGCCCGGCACCAUCACCACCGGUAAGGUCAUCGUCGCUCUUUCUUGCUUGUACAUGAUGAGCUACAACGGUAUGAUUGCCCCGUACGCCUGGUUGGCUGGUGGCGAGAUCCCCUCUCAGCGCCUCCGAUCCUACACCUUCGGUCUCGCCGCCGCCGUCGGUUUCCUCGGUGCCUGGAUCACCACCUUCACCGCCCCUUACUUCAUCAACCCCAGCGCCCUCAACUGGGGUCCCCGCUACGGAUUCAUCUGGGCUCCUUCUUGCCUCAUCGCCGCCGCUUGGGUCUUCUUCUUCCUUCCUGAGCUCAAGGGCAGGACUCUCGAGGAGAUUGACGAGAUGUUCUACGCCAAGCUCCCCGCUCGCCAGUUCAGGCACUACGUCUGCACCGGCACUGGCUCCUCUGGCGACAGCGAGAAGAAGUCGAUCGAGGUCGAGACCCACGAGAAGGUUUAA